AUGUUACAUUCUGCAAACUACCCGAUAGCAGCGACAGCCACAAGUGCACUCACAACCCGAUCCCUGUUGCUUCUGCUGGAGACGACCAAAAAGAGAAAAUAUCUUAUCCCACAAUAUGGUCAUAUCUCACCAGAAAGUUCAACCGGAAUCUUCAGUCACAGUACCUAUUGGUGGCUCAAUCGGUUCUUCAUUGGUGGCUUCCGAGGCAACCUAUCCCUCGAUAGUCUCUAUCCCCUGGACGAAGAACUCUCUUCCAAGUCCACCGUCUCCCGCCAUCAUCAGCAAUGGAAGAACAACGAAGAAAAAUGCACACGACGGCUCACACUGUUCUGUAACGUCAUCUACGAUUUGAAGUGGACAGUGGCAGCGGCAGUCAUUCCUCGCCUUUGUUUGAUCGGGUUCAAGUUCGCCCAGCCCUUUCUCAUCAACGACCUUAUUGGCUACGUUUCCAAGAAUGGCUCCAGUGAAUUAUCUGGGGUCAAAUAUGGAUACCUCGGCGCGACGGUGUUGAUUUACGUCGGGAUAGCACGUCAAGCUGUCCGCAUAAUCACUAUGACUCGCGGGUCGUUAGUUACAAUGAUAUAUGCAAAGAUCCUUCGUCAAGCUUCAGACCCACGUCAAGAGGCUAGUUCGACCACGUUGAUGAGCACCGAUAUCGAUCGAAUCGCCACCGGGCUAUUAAACUUCCAUGAGCUCUGGGCAUCCCCAGUAGAGAUUAUGAUUGCACUGGUGCUUUUGGGCAGAUACAUUGGAUACCCCUCGGUGGCUGCUCUGGGUGUUGCUUUGGUGAGCGUUCUAGGAUGCUCCUAUCUCGCCCCACAGGCGCGCCAAAUGCAAAAGGCCUGGGUACAUGCUGUUCAGGAGAGAGUCAAUUUUACUUCGGUAAUCUUGAAGGAAAUGCGCCAAAUCAAGAUGUUCGGUGUUGAAUCCGACAUGGCUUUCAAAAUACACAGCCUUCGUCAAUUGGAACUACAUCGAUCUAGGCCCUUCCGAUCAAUGGUUGUUGCCGUCAAUGUUCUGGGUGCGAUGUCGACUGCCAUCGCCCCUGCUCUGACCAUCGCCGUGUACGCUGCUACACAGCUGGACCUCGGGGUAGAGACACCCAACACUGAUAUUGCCUUCACAUCUUUGUCCUUGAUUUCUCUUUUGACAGAGCCCGUGGUGCUGUUAUCUGCCUCGUUGACUAAAUUCACAUCGGCUAUUGGCUGUUUUGAUCGGGUUCAAGAAUUUAUCUGCAAGGAAAGCCGAGUGAACAAAGAUCCAUUUACUAAUGAAUAUCUGGCACCCGAGAGCUUCUCAGGGAUGGAACUUCAAUUAGCAUCGACUCAGUCCAAGGCUUUUGUCUGCAUGACUGAUUGCUGCUUUAGCUUGGGGUUAGAUACCCCGGCAAUACUCCGUGGGAUAACGCUAAAGAUACAUCGCGCUUCAUUUUCAGCCGUGACUGGCCCUAUUGGCUCUGGCAAGUCAUCCUUACUCAAAGCCAUUCUGGGUGAAAUGCACCGCACAGAAGGAAUAUUCUCUCUUGGCUCGGUGAAAACGGCGUAUUGCCAGCAAUCUCCAUGGAUAUUUAAUGGCACACUAAGAGCAAACAUCAUCGGAGAAUCGCCCCUUGACGAAGAGUGGCUCAAGGAGGUGGUGUAUGUAUGUGCUCUGGAAGCUGACAGCACUACCCUUUCUCAUGGCCUUGGCACAGUAGCUGGGAGCUCGGGAGCCCAGCUUAGUGGAGGACAGAAGCAGCGAGUGGCUCUGGCUAGAGCAAUCUACGCAAGGCCAUCUUUGCUGGUUUUUGAUGACAUAUUCGGUGCCUUGGACGCAGUGACAUCGAGGUCAAUUUUCGAGCGGCUUCUGGGUCGUACUAGCCUAACCAGGAGGCUCAGCAUCGCAACCAUUCUCGUGACAACAGCUGAAAGCAAAGAAAAAACCGGAGAAACAUGUGAAAGCGAGACACUUCCCAAUAUAUCCCGGGGUGAUGGUGACGUCUCGCUCUACACCUACUACAUCAAUUCGUUUGGUUGGUGGGUGCUUGGGCUGACGCUGCUAUUCGCAGCCUUACACGUGUUUUGUAUUGCUUUUCCGCAGGUCAUACUUGGCUGGUGGUGUGGCUCAGUCCCUCCAAAAAACUAUCUUUAUCUUGGUUCCUACGUCGGGGUUUCUUCCAUCGCCAUCAUUGCGAUAGGAGCUUAUAUCGGAUUUAGCCAAGACAUGUCUCUUCUCGAUAUGCAGCUUCCAGUUGCCUUCGCCAUCACACUUCAGACUUUGUUGACUUGUAUUGCACAAGGGGCCUUAAUCGCUACUGGAUCAGGCUAUAUGGCUGCCGCAAUUCCCUUCUGCAUCCUUGCAGUAUGGAUAGUCCAGGCUUUCUACUUGCGUACCUCACGACAGAUUCGACUGCUUGAUCUGGAAGCAAAGGCUCCUCUUUACGCCCAUUUCCUAGAGACAACAGAGGGACUCAUUACUGUGCGUGCAUUUCGUUGGCAACGUCAAUUUGCAGAUCGAAAUACAGACCUUCUCAACACAUCUCAGAAACCAUUUUACACCAUGUAUUCCAUUCAGCAGUGGUUGCACGUUGUUCUGGAUUUACUCAUUGCGGGAAUUGCCACCGUUCUGGUUGCAUUGGCUGUUUUCGUGACAAAGCAAAGUACCUCUGGGGCUGUCGGCGUUGCUCUUCUGAACUUGCUUACAUUCAACUCAACGUUGACAUUCUUGAUCACUAACUGGACAGAGCUUGAAACUUCUUUGGGCGCAAUUGCAAGAGUCAAACAAUUUGUGAACGACCCGCAGCUACAGCCUAUUGCUAGAAGAGAGAUAUAUUGUCCGGAGGGUUGGCCUUGGGAAGGUCGAAUGGAAUUUCGAAGGGUUUCUGCAUCCUAUGGGGAGCAUGGUUCCGUUCCAGUUGUGCGGGAUAUCUCAUUUACACUGCAGGGCGGACAGAAACUUGGUAUUUGUGGACGAACCGGAAGUGGGAAGAGUUCUUUACUUGCUUGCAUUCUCUCUCUGGCGACAAUCACGUCUGGUGAAAUCUACAUCGACAACAUCGACAUCUCAACCAUUCCCAAAGAGAAGCUCCAUUCUGCAUUGGUUCCAAUCUCCCAAAUUCCCCUGCUUCUUCCCGGCUCUGUCCGCGAAAAUAUUUCUCUAGGAAUAGCAUCCGCGAUUGAUGAUUCGGAGAUGAUCUCUGCCCUGGAGGGAGUCGGGCUUUGGAAUCAGAUUCAAGAACACGGUGGCCUAAGCGCGAACAUCGAUUCAACUCAUCUGUCCGAUGGCCAAAAGCAGGUCUUCUGCAUUGCCCGUGCUAUCUUAUCACCUGGUAUAAUUGUCAUCAUGGAUGAACCUACCGGCGGGUUUGAUGAACACACCGCGAAAUUGACCAUCGAACUUCUUCAUGAGCGACUGAAAGGACGGACUAUCAUCUCAAUUGCCCAUCAAGUCAAUACUUUGAUGGACUUUGACUUAAUCAUGGUCAUGAAUGAUGGUACAAUUUCUGAGAUGGGAGCACCGCAAGAACUCUUGGGUGAGAGGGGCAUGUUCUGGGACUUUUUCCGGGAAAAGGUAACUUGA